AUGGGAGACAUUAUCAUUCUCCUAGCCUCUAUAAAAUACAAAGCGUUUAAACUCCACAAGGUUAUAGUGGUCUUCGUCCAGCACAUCGCAGUGAGUGAUAUAGUGGUCUCUGGAACGUGUAUCCUCCCUCAAGCAGUGUCCAGAGCAGCAGAUCGGAACGUGUUUGGUAGAAACUUUUUGAGUUACAUCCUGGCAUACGGUCCUUACUACGGCUUCCUCUCCAGCAAACUCCUCAUUCUCGCACUGAUAAUCAUGAAGUGGCUGCUGAUAAAGCACCCUCUGCGAUCUAGAAACUGGUCUGAAACACGAGCUCACAAACUGUGUGCUUUCAUUUGGGUUGUCAGCUUACUCUGCCAGGGUCGGUUCUUCAUAGGGGGAGCGGAUGACAUCAUAUUUGACUACGGGAUUUACAGAUACAACUACGCCUACUCAGCACCAGUCUGGAAAUCCUGGCUCUUCCUCACCUACUUCGCUCUCACCACCUACCUUCCAAACUUGGUGAUAUUCUCCAUCACCCUGCUGCUUGUGCAACACCUGCUGAAAGCAAGGAAGGUGACAACUAGAAGUGGGGGUAACCUCAGGUGGCAGGGUCUCCUCACAGUCAUUGUUACUGCGUCUGUCUACAGUGUCUCUUAUCUACCUUACGCUAUCUACUUUGCGGUUGGGGCCCACGUGAAGGGAACUUAUUUCUACAGAUUUGCAGCGACUUGUGGGUACUUCAACACUGUCGCUAACUUCUUUAUAUACAGUUUUACUGUAACCAGCUUCAACACCUUCCUCAAGGAGUGUAUUCGGAAACUUGCUAGCUGCUCGGGUUACUCAGGAGGUCGAGUUGCAGCAUCCGGAGAAAGUAGAACAACAAAGAUAACGAGGAACUACCAGGAAACAACCCUGUAG